UCGGGCUGGUAAAUAAACUCCGCGAUGAUUCCCCUCCCUCCCGCCGGCCCCAGGUGCGCGCCGAGCGCCUGCCUGCCCGCUGCCCGCCGGCGGGAAUGACCUGACGGGGAUGUGACCGACUCCCCCAGCCCACUGCCGCUUACCCCCCCCCCCCAGAUAUAUAUAUAUAUAUAUAUAUACAUAGAUACAUAGAUGAAUAUAUAUAUAUAAAUACAUAGAGAAGUCGUUCUGGGGGGAGGGGCGGGGAGCUCGGAUCAUGGCCCUGGGGCUCCCGGGGCUGCCGCCGCCGCCGCCGAUCCGCAGCUCGCCUCCGGGGCCCGACCAUGGGGCUGAAGGCUCGGCGCGGCGCCGCGGGCGGUAGCGCGGCCGGCGGGGCGGCGGCGGCGGCGGGGCGGCGAGCGGCGAGCGGCGGCGACCCCGAGCAGGGCUCGCUGGCCCUGGGCGCCGGCGGCGACCGCGACGGGACGCUGCUGCUGGAGGGCGGCGGGAAGGAGGAGGGCGGCAAGCGGAGCCCGCCGGGGCUGGGGCUGCUGGCGAAGACCCCCCUGAGCCGCCCGGUGAAGCGGAACCACGCCAGGUACCGCCGCAUCCAAACUUUGAUCUACGACGCCCUGGAACGACCCCGCGGCUGGGCGCUCCUCUAUCACGCCUUCGUGUUUCUGAUUGUCUUGGGGUGUUUGAUCUUAGCUGUCCUGACAACUUUCAAGGAGUAUGAAACUGUUUCGGGAGACUGGCUCCUCUUGUUGGAAACUUUUGCCAUUUUCAUCUUUGGAGCAGAGUUUGCCUUAAGAAUCUGGGCUGCUGGCUGUUGCUGUCGCUACAAAGGAUGGAGGGGGAGACUCAAAUUUGCCAGGAAGCCUUUGUGCAUGCUGGAUAUCUUUGUGCUGAUUGCUUCAGUGCCAGUGGUUGCUGUUGGGAACCAGGGCAAUGUUCUGGCCACGUCUCUCAGAAGCCUCCGCUUCCUUCAGAUCCUACGGAUGCUCCGAAUGGACAGACGGGGCGGCACCUGGAAACUUUUAGGAUCAGCUAUUUGUGCACAUAGCAAAGAACUCAUCACUGCUUGGUACAUCGGGUUCUUGACGCUCAUCUUAUCCUCGUUUCUUGUUUAUCUGGUUGAAAAAGAUGUUCCUGAAAAAGAUGCUAAUGGAGUGGAGAUGAAAGAAGAGUUUGAAACCUAUGCAGAUGCACUGUGGUGGGGGCUGAUCACCCUGGCCACGAUUGGGUACGGCGACAAGACCCCCAAAACAUGGGAGGGACGGCUGAUUGCAGCUACCUUCUCUCUCAUUGGAGUGUCUUUCUUUGCUCUUCCUGCAGGCAUUUUGGGCUCAGGGCUGGCACUGAAGGUCCAGGAGCAACAUCGUCAGAAACAUUUUGAGAAAAGAAGAAAGCCAGCAGCUGAACUCAUUCAGGCUGCCUGGAGAUACUAUGCUACUAACCCCAACAGGAUUGAUUUAGUUGCUACCUGGAGGUUUUAUGAAUCAAUUGUAUCAUUUCCAUUUUUCAGGAAAGAGCAAUUGGAUGGUACUGCCAGUAAUGUCAUGUUUAGUAGGGAGUCAUUCUUUGGAUCAAGCCUCACAAGAAAACUUAGCCAAAAGCUGGGUCUCUUGGAUCGGGUUCGUGGUACCAAUACUAAAGGAAAGCUAUUUACCCCUCUGAAUGUAGAUGCCAUUGAAGAAAGUCCUUCAAAAGAACCUAAGAAUGUUGUCUUGAAUAAUAAGGAGCGUUUUCGCACUGCAUUCCGAAUGAAAGCGUACGCUUUUUGGCAAAGCUCAGAAGAUGCAGGAACAGGGGAACCCAUGGCAGAAGACAGAGGCGACAGUAAUGAUUUUCUUAUGGAAGAUAUGAUCCCCACAUUCAAGACAGCCAUCCGAGCUGUCAGAAUACUACAGUUUCGUCUCUAUAAAAAAAAAUUCAAGGAGACUUUGAGGCCUUAUGAUGUAAAGGAUGUGAUAGAGCAAUACUCAGCAGGGCAUCUUGAUAUGCUUUCCAGAAUAAAAUACCUUCAGGCAAGAGUAGAUAUGAUUUUUACACCUGGACCUCCAUCUACUCCCAAGCAUAAGAAAUCCCAAAAAGGAGGAGCUUUUUCUUACCCUUCACAACAGUCUCCCAGAAAUGAUCCGUAUGUAGCCAAAGCAUCUACAGCAGACACUGAAGACCAAAGUAUGAUGGGCAAAUUUGUCAAAGUUGAACGACAGGUAAAUGACAUGGGGAAGAAACUGGAUUUUCUUGUUGAUAUGCAUAUGCAUCAUAUGGAACAGCUGCAAAUACAAGUCGCCGAGAUAAGUCCAUUGAAAGAAACUGCUUCUCCUGCAAGGGAGAAGAGAGAAGAAAACAAAUAUUCUGAAUUAAAAACAAUAGUAUAUAAAUACACUGAGCAGUGUGCUCGUGAAACUCCUUACAAUUUCCAGCAGGUUCCAGUCAACAAAGUCAGUCCUUAUGGUUUCUCAGCACGAGGUCAUACAACUCAUUCACAACCUUUAUCAACAGGUGGGCAAAACUCUGGCAAACUGCAAGCCACACCUUCCUCAACUUCGUAUGCAGAAAGGCCAACAGUUCUGCCUAUAUUCACGCUGAUGGACUCCCAGGUUAGCUACCACUCCCAAGGAGACCUACAAAGCCCUUACUCAGACAAGGUGUCUCCAAGGCAGAGAAGGAGCCUAACAAGAGACAGUGACACUCCAUUGUCCCUUCUCUCAGUCAACCAUGAGGAACUCGAGCGCUCCCCAAGUGGCUUCAGUAUCUCCCAGGAGAGAGACGACUUCCCGUUUGGCCCCAACGGGGGAUCGGCGUGGAUGAGAGAGAAACGCUACCUAGCAGAGGGGGAGACAGACACAGACACAGACCCUUUCACACCAAGUGGCUCCAUGCCUUUGUCUUCUACAGGAGAUGGGAUUUCAGAUUCAAUAUGGACCCCUUCGAACAAGCCAGUCUAAAAGUGUGUGUGGGGGCAGUCACUGGUUGACUUCUCCGUGUAAUGUAAGCAUACUUUGUAUAUCUCACUUACUCUACACCCAAAGCUUACUAGUUCCAAACACCAAUGGCUGCAUAAGAUGCAUGUGAUAUUAGUGGUAGUCAUUCUGCACCAUUUCAUACGAUUUAAUAAUGCAGUUUUUUUCAUGCUACCAAAACUAAGGAGCUUAGUUUUGAGCAUGGUUUGCAUGACUUUACCCUGUAUAAAUGGUACAGCUGAUUUCUUCUAUGAUACAUAUCUAUCUGAUACUCUUCAAUACAACAAUGGUGAAUUGAUAACAGGCAAGAUAUGGUGGUCCUUGCUAUAUUUUGUAAACAGAGCAGCAAAGUAAAAAUAUUUUCAGGAGCAAUAUCCCUUUGUGGAAACAUAAUGUAUUAAUCAUUUUUCAGUAUAAGUCAAUCUCUAACCAACCUAGCCAAGAACUUCUAAUGUCAAAAGCAGGGAAAAAGCUGAGUCAAAGUAUGACCUUAUUGAAAUGGGUUUCUGAACUAAGUGUUUCUCAUGUGAUUUCUUAUAUAAUUACCCCUGAAAUAUAAUGUUGAAAUUAAAUUAAGGGUAGAAUUUUAAAUCAUCAAAGCCACCUUAUGGAAUUGAUCAUAGCUAUUUAUUUAUUGUAAAAUGUAAAUAUAAAUCCCUCAAACUACUUUGAAAGUCUUCACUAGUGUUUAUAAAAUUGCUCAAAGUGUGACUGCAAUGCUAUUUUAUAGAAAAUCUUUCGCUAAGUUGAUUUGUUACUUAUGGGGCCAAAUUUUCUUUCUGUUCCAAAAAUAAGGUUAUUCAGUGUAGGGAAGUCCAGGUUUAUACACUCCACUCGUUCACUGAUUUGUGUGCUGCUGAGUAAGAUGCAUAAUGUAACACUGCCUCAGUUUCCCAAUCUGUUAAUUGGGAGUUAUACUUCCACACAUAAACACAGGUUGUAAGGCUCAAGUCACUAAUAUUUGCCAAGUGCUUUGAGCUCCUCAGAUGUGCAGAACAUCAUUAUUCUGUCUUCUGUGAGUCCCACAGUGUGAGAUGCUGCCAGGAUCUGUUUCUCUCUGUUUACUGCUUCUCUUGGAAAUAGACUGCUCCAAAUCCAUGAAUGUUUGCCAUAUUUAAGAUCUAUGUGUGAAUAAAUAAACACCAUUUUUGUCACCUGUCUCUGAGCAGCAGAGGGGUCAAGAUGCUCCCUAAGCCUUGUCCAAAUAUUAUUUUCACAGAAAUUGGAUAUUAUAUUGAGGGAGAGCAGGAAAUUCAUUCAACCCACUGGGAAGAAACAAAUCAAAGAUCUCACCAGCGGGAAUGUAGUACCUAAAAAGCUAGUGAAACUAAGCCUAUCUGAAUAUCCUAUGCAGGUCUUACCUGUGUCAGUCGAGGUGUCCAUAAAAUACCAUCCAUUUGAUUUCAAGUUUGAUGGCUGUACACUCUUUACAGCUGGUGGGAAAUUAAGCAGUGCAGUCAGUGAGCACAGGGUACAAGAACCAAGGCACACAUCAGCUUUAGGAUGAGAUUCAUCUCACCUUUAACUCAAUUAUCUACAAUGACCAAAUUACUGUCAGCUUCACAGGGAGCAGAGGGUGACUUGCUUUGAUGUCAAAUGAUCAGAGACACCCACAGUCAGUGGGAAGGCUCUCACCUCUACCCCACUGAUCCAAGGUGCAGCCUCUCUGUCAUGGCUCCUGUCAAGAACGACACCUGUCACUCCACACAAUGGCCAGAGCACUGACCAACAAAGACACAAGCAUUUGGUUCAUGUAAGAUGUUAGAAAGUGGUCUUUCUGUAGUGACUGCUGGUAUUAUACUGCAGCUGCAUAACUGAGCAUCCUUUGCACACUCGGAGCACAAGAACACGUUACUGGGCUUCCCAGUACUUAGUGGGUAUUGAACAGCCCUGGACAGAGUGCACUUGAAUAGACGAUAUUUUGUUGGGUUUUGCCCACUAUAGGAAACUUCAUGUUCAAUUCCUCAGCAUUGUUGACAUCUCCUAACAGUAAUUCCAUCCAGGAGCUUCUAUUCCUUUCCAGAUGUAGGCAUUGCCUUCAUCUUCAUUGUUUAUUCUGUAUUGGAAGAGACAUCUAAAGGAUUAGGAUCUUCUUACUUCAUCUGCUUCUUCUGCUAAAUCAUGCUGCAUCCUUUUGGGAUGGAUCUUCAGGGAGAACAAAUUGCUGUUGUUAGUGGAGUAAAUAAUGCAGACCAGUUACAGCCUUUGAAGACUGGCCUGAGUCCAUGGAGCUGUUCUGAGGCUGGUAACUAUGAUGACAUGAGGCACAAUUUUGGUAAUUACUUAAUUGACAGAAUAGCCAUUGACAUGAAAGAUAAUCUCUGUUUGGUGCAAUUUUUGUGGCUAAAUUUACAGAGAAUAAAACUAACUGACAAACUCAUUAUAAUUUGGUAUAUUGAGAAGAAUUCUUUGGCCUUUGAUGAUUCUUGGAAAUAUCUGGUUUGCACCUGCUGCAGGCUUUCUGAUAUAGGAAUAGAUGCCUGUGGCAAAUCGUGAGAUUUAACCCUCACACAACAAGAGAAUGAAAAACAAUGAAAAAUUACUUUAACAUUGCUACACUUCUGAAAUUGGUGUAAGUGUAUGCUAGACAAGCCUGCUUAUUUGUCAAGGGCCUGUCAUUCCCACUGAUUUCAUCUGAGUUUGGUUCUUCUUAGAAUGCUUUCUGGAUUGGAGCAAUCAAAAAUCAAGGCAGUUCCCUGUCCAAUUCCCGCUUAAAUUCUUCAGUUCAAGUUUCUAUUCUUUCCCAUGCCAGGUGAUACAAAAGGAAUCUUCACUCACUAUUAACUCUGGCUGAAAAUCCAUAAAUAGCCUCAUUAUAAAGGUAUGUUCAAGAGAAAAUCCAAGCAAGGGUAGAGACUUGGAUGAGUCUUCACCUGCACACGGAGUGCAGCCCCAAAGAAAGCAGAAUUUGGGCUGCCCUGCACUCUGUAUACUUACCAGCUCAACUGCCUUUAAGUUAGUGUUUUUUAUGGCCUGUCAUCACCAAUUUGCUAUAUGCAGCUUAAAGGCACCAGGUCAGGUAUUAGCAGCCACAUCAUGAAAUAUUUAAGGAUUUGCUAACUGGCCAGAUGAGUUCUCCCUCUUCUUAAAAAGCACUGGUGGUAAAAUCAACAAGACCCUCUGCAGGGGACAUCUGUGGAAUCUGUGGAGAAGACCCAAGAAAUGGGACAAGGAAGAUCUGAUUGGUUUAUUUUAUUUCUUCCUACACACUUCUUCACACUGAAACCUGUUGCUGCUCUGUUCAGAAGGGUGAUGUGCUUAGCAGCUCUCUGCCCUCUACAUCAUCUGGAUUAAAAAUAGGGUGUGCAUCAAUUCUGCUGUCUGUGAUGACCACAGACAAUGUGUCAAGGUGUCACCAGCCAGGCGAGAUCUGGAGACCAUCCCUGAUCUGGGAUGUGCACACAAACUUCAUCAGACUGUAGUUCAGAUGAGUCCACAGAGAGCAUCCACCUUUGAACUGCAGUUUAUGUGCCUGCCAUAGAUACUGGACAAAACAAAAUAAAAUAUGUGUGACCCUGGUAACAUUUAGAAGGUCAGGAUCUUUUUCCACAUGUAAUUCACAAUUUCAUUUGAGAGAGCUGUCUGGGUCAACAAUAGUCGUCACAAUAGGAAUUAAUUAGAUUUAUUCCUUCUGUUUCUGUGCGAUGGUUCAAUUUAAGAGCUACCAGUGCUCUUUGGGUCAGAUCUUUCUAACAUCUCAGUUGACACUGACAGUUGCUUUAUAUGUGGUUAAUAUAAAAGAGAACUGACCACUCCCCUCUUUGAUGACUCUUAAUUCAGUCCUUGAGAUAUUUUUCAUAAUCAGAAAGUGUGGAGCUUUUCUCUGUUCUCCUUGAAUUCAGAAACCUUCUCAGACUGAUGCAGUGGGAGCAGGGCUGAGUCCUAACCUGCCUUUAUUUGUUAAUUUCCUUGUGAAAGACAGCACUGAUCUGGAAACAUUUUUCUGGGCUACAUUUUUAGCCUGAUUUUCAGUCCCUAGUGAAUGCCACACAUCUGAAAGUUUUCAAAAAGAUGAAUCUGUGUUUACAUUGUGUGCCUCUCUUUGCAGCAUUAUUAUCAAUUGAGGCUCCUCAUUUUAGAUUCAAAGUGGGAAUACUUGAUUAAGGCAGAAUGUCUAGUUGAAGUAUGCAGUUAUAGAAAGUGUAGUUUAUGCUCUAUUUAAGGAAAACUUAAAAAAAAAAUCUAGUCAGGUAAUGGCUGUUGUUGCUGCCUUGGCUUUUCCCUGCACUGAAUUAAUCAGUUUGGCUCCCAUCAAAAUAAAAGGGAAUUCAACAUGUGGAGAGAUUGAUUAAGAAGUCCCUAAACUGACUUCAGCUAUAUUUGCUCUGUUUUUAUCUGUAACUUUGCUGCAUUGUUACGGUUCAGAGUGGAAGUAGUUUAAAAUUUUUCUGCUCCAAGUCGUGGCCAGGGAGCACCACAAAUUCAACCCGACCUCAACCCGCGCGUAGCGCGGCCGCUGCCUCGUGGCCUUCAGGCAAGCACCGAGGUCCAACCAGUUUGCAAGAUCACAGCCUAAAGCAGUCAGAAAAUUCAGAGUAAGGAGCAAAUUUGGCCCUGCUGGGAACCCAGUUGCUGCAGAGGUGUCAUAUCUGCUUAGGUAAGAGCUAAAUUUGUACUGCUUUACUGAAGAGCAAAUGAGAAAGAGCUGGAUCUUGACUCCUUGCACCCCACAGCCCCCACCACCAAGCUUUAGGUGCCUAAGAGGGCAGACCUAAAUUUUCUGAAUUUGGUGGGAUAUCACUUUUUCAGGAGCCCAGCUGAAUGUGGAUGUUCACCCUGGAAGACUAUUUUCAGAGGUACGGAGGAAUAAGGGGCCAUUUUCAAGUGUUUUUAGCUGGGCGCUGUGGGAAUGAAGAUCCUGGGUAUCAGUUUUGCUUCUGAUUAUUUAGGCUGUAAGUAUUGAUUCUUCCAAAUUCAGCUUUGAGUAACUUCCCUCUGAAGUUAAGUGAAACAAAAUACUGAAAGUGGGAUCCUAUUCCAUCAUCGAGAACACGCUGGGACUGAAGGUUACAUAGCCAACUGCAUUUUAUUUUCUAGUUAUAGCAUCUUAUUAUUACUAGUAUUUGUGCCUUGCUCACUGAAAUUUUCUCCAUGCUACAAAGAUGCUUUUUCAGAUUCUGGCUGACAAGGGAACACAACUUUUAUACAAGUGGCCUUUAGUGCUCUUUAUAAUAUUAUUUAUUGUAAUUUUUAAACAGUAUGUGUAAUUUCUAUUCUGGCACUGUCCAAUAUUUGAACAACUUUAAUAUGUUCAUUUCAAUAUAUUAUGCAAACAAUACUUCUUAACUGAUUUUUUUAUGUUCUGUCUUUAAAAACUGCACCACUUAUUAAUAAAUAGAAAUUUCAAUUAUGA